AAAAGUAUAGGUUUAUGAAUAUUCAUAAUCUCGCAAAAAACGAGAAGCCAAAUUCGAGAAUAUAUUAUGAUCAAAAACAUUUUGUGCGAGACCAAUGUCCAAGAUGGCAGCUUCCAAACUGCACGAGUUUCUUGGCAAAAUAAAAGUUCCAAGAGGAGGAGAGAAGGUUUAUAAAGAUGAGUGUGCAUAUUGUUUCGACAACCCGGAAAGUGAGACAGGAUUGUUUGUGUGUAUGAAUACAUUUCUUGGUUUCGGGAAGGACUAUGUUCGGAGGCACUAUGAACGCACAAACAACCCUGUGUAUUUGCACCUCAAGACUAUCAAAAAGAAGAAGCCAAAAACAGAGGAAGAGAAAGAGAAAGAGAAGCCAACGAGACUUGCCAUAGGAAUGCAAGGUGGUUUUGAUGUAGAGGAUGAAAACCAGUACGAGUAUGAAGAACACAACUCCGUUGUCAUCCUGCCUGACUUCACUGAGAUUCCACUUCCCAAUGCCGAUCUCCCCGAGAAGGUCCAGCUAUCUAUUGCUGGUAUUCUGUCUGCUACCUCUGCUUCUAAAGUGGAACAAAUUCAAGCUUGGGAUGGAGAAGCAAAGAUCGUCUCUAAACAUGCUGCUAAUCUCAAGCAACUGGACAACGGUGUGAAGGUACCCCCUAAAGGUUGGCAAUGUAUCAUGUGUGAUCUUAAAGACAACCUUUGGAUGAAUCUAACCGAUGGCUCCAUUCUCUGCGGAAGACGCUACUAUGACGGAACGGGAGGAAAUAACCAUGCUCUUGAAUACUACCAGCAGACCAAGUACCCCUUAGCUGUGAAACUAGGCACCAUAACUCCAAAUGGAGCAGAUGUGUAUUCAUAUGAUGAAGAUGACAUGGUGGAUGAUCCCAACCUAGCUUCUCAUCUAGCUCACUUUGGUAUCAACAUGAUGAGCAUGGAAAAGACUGACAAGACGAUGACCGAACUAGAGAUAGACCUGAAUAUGAGAGUAGCUGAAUGGGAUACCAUCCAGGAAUCAGGCUGCCAACUCAAGCCUCUGUUUGGACCUGGUCUAACUGGACUAAAAAACAUGGGCAAUAGUUGUUACUUAAAUUCUGUUAUGCAAGUCCUCUUCAGUAUUCCAGAUUUUGUUAAUAGAUAUGCUUCCCAGAAAGACCAAAUCUUUGCAAUAGCUCCUGCCGAUCCUACUGGUGACUUCAAUGCACAAAUGGCCAAGCUUGGUUAUGGGUUAGCCUCAGGGCAGUAUUCACAGGAACCCAAGACAACAGACAGUGGAGACCAAUCAGAAGAAAGGAGCCAAUGUGGGGUUGCCCCUAGGAUGUUCAAAAGCCUUGUGGGUAAAGGUCAUCACGAGUUUUCAACCAACCGACAGCAAGAUGCCCAAGAAUAUCUCCUUCAUCUCUUCAGUAUCAUUGAGAGGCACAGUAGAGGUCAGUUAAAUCCCUGUGACUGCCUUCAGUUUGAGCUUGAAGAAAGGAUCCAAUGUUCACAGUCCAACCAGGUCAAAUACAAAAAGAGAACAGAUUACAUGCUAGGAGUACCGAUUCCACUAGAGGCUGCCACAAACCUAGCCGAGUUUACUGCGUAUGAAGCCAAGAAAGCCAAACUAGAAGCCAAGAAAGAGAGAGUCGAUCCAAAGGAUGUCGUGCGUCCUAAGAUAAGUCUUCAAUCUUGCCUAGAUGCCUUUGCUGCACAAGAGACUGUAGAGGAUUUCUACAGUUCAGCCGUCAAAUCAAAGACUACUGCCCUCAGGUCAACAAGAAUAUCCUCAUUCCCAGACUACCUUAUUAUUCAACUCAAGAAAUUUACAUUAGGGAAUGACUGGACACCUAGGAAACUUGAUGUAUCAGUUGAGAUGCCUGAUGAACUAGACCUGGGCCAGUAUCGAGGGACUGGUCUACAGCCAGGAGAAGUUGAACUACCUGACGAGGAAGGACCACCUGUACCAGAACCUGUUAUAGAUGAGGCCACCGUAGGUCAACUAGCAGAUAUGGGAUUUCCCCGGGAGGCUUGUCGGAAAGCCGUCUACCAUACCAACAACAUGGGCUCAGAAGCUGCCAUGAACUGGAUAUUUGAGCAUUCACAAGAUCCUGAUUUUGCUGAGCCUUUGCAGUUAGGUCAAGCAACUAAGAAGCAAAAGACUGAGAUUUCAGUGAGCCAAGAAUCUAUUGCGAUGAUCGUGAGUAUGGGCUUCACAGAGGCUCAAGCUACCAAGGCACUACGGGCAACAGAUAACAACCUCGAGAGGGCAGCAGAGUGGAUAUUCAGCCACGCAGACGAGCUGGAUCCAGCGAUGGAGACAGAGCAAUCCAGCGGACCCACGUGCCGGGAUGGUCGUGAAAAGUACCAACUGUUUGCAUUUGUAAGUCACAUGGGUACGUCUACAGCAUGCGGUCACUAUGUAUGCCAUAUCAAGAAAGAAGGAAGAUGGGUGAUCUUCAACGAUGACAAAGUUGCGCAAUCAGAGAAACCACCUAAGGACCUGGGAUACAUCUACUUCUACAAGAGGCUUUAAAAAUCUCCUAGGGCCAUGCUACGUGAACCUUGGCGAUUGAUCAUGUGAACGAUUUCUGCGAUUGAUUGCAUUGACUUUUGUGUAUGGUCGAUCGUAAAAAAUCAGUCUCAUUAUCAGUUGUAAAGCUUUAUGUUACAGGCUCAGAUCUCAGAGGUGCAUUGUAAAACAAGUCAGGGUAGACCAUAUUCAUGGACUGACAGAGAACAAACAAACUUUGCCCAACUCAAAUCAAUAUGACUUACAGAAAUAGCUUCGACUGGGAAGAAAUUUUAGCUACAUGAGAUUUGAAAUAAAAUGCUCAGAUGGGUGUUUCACAAAGCGAUUUGUAAAUAACGAAUGACUUUACGCACAACUGG